AUGUCGGGGAUCUGGCUUCGGCACUGGAACAAUCAAUCGCUCUUCGAUUUGUUCAUCAAUUUCGGUGUUCAGUUGGCACAGGUGCGUGCCGGAGAAUCAAAACUGUCAGCAGUUCAUUUUGAGGAAGCCAAUAAAGCCUUAGCGGCCGGCAUUUCGGGGCAUUUAAAUCUUGUUCGUUGCAGGGCUUCCCUGUUACAGCUUCUGAGUAGGUGA